UGGAGGAGCUGACCUUGGAGCAGAGCACUGCCCAGUGGAAGAUGUCGAAAACCCCCGCUGUCGCCCAGAGACCUCGGGGAUGACCUGCACCCACUAGCAUGCCUGGAUGGUUCAAAAAGACAUGGUAUGGGCUGGCGUCUGUACUCAGCUUCUCCUCCUUCAUCCUCAUCAUCAUCGCCCUGGCAGUGCCCCACUGGCUGAGUGGGAAAAUCCUUUGUCAGACUGGAGUGGAUCUGGUCAAUGCCACGGACCUGGAGCUGGUCAAGUUCAUUGGCGACAUCUACUACGGGCUCUUCCGAGGGUGUAAGGUUCGGCAGUGCGGGCUCGGGGGCCGCCAGUCCCAGUUCACAAUCUUCCCACACCUGGUGAGGGAGCUCAACGCAGGCCUGCACGUGACCAUCCUGCUGCUCCUCUUCCUGGCCUUGGCCUUGGCUCUGGUCAGCAUGGGUUUUGCCAUUCUCAACAUGGUCCAGGUCCCAUACAGGGCAGUCAACGGCCCAGGGGGCAUCUGCCUGUGGAAUGUCCUAGCAGGUGGAGUCGUGGCGCUGGCCAUCGCCAGCUUCAUGGCCGCUGUGCGGUUUCACGACCUGACCGAACGCAUCGCCAACUUUCAGGAGAAGCUCUUUCAGUUCGUCGUGGUGGAAGAACAGUACGAAGAGUCGUUUUGGAUCUGCGUGGCCAGCGCUUCAGCCCACGCGGCAAACCUGGUUGUGGUGGCGAUCAGUCAAAUUCCCCUCCCUGAGAUCAAGACCAAGAUCGAAGAGGCCACGGUCACGGCUGAGGACAUCUUGUAUUAGGGGCCCUCUCCUUCACA